GCAGAGCACAAAUCGCAUCUCCUGAAAUCGAUUCACGAUAGGCUCAUACGUUUUUGUUUCGUUUUGGACAUAUUUAUUAUUGUUAAAAUUGGAGCAAUGCCAGCAGUGCGCAAGUUCCGCCGAGAGACCAGUGAAAUCAGCUGCUGUCUCAAGUACCUUCUGUUUGCCAGCAAUGUGAUCCUGUGGCUUUCUGCCCUUCUGGUCCUUUCGGUUGGCGUUUGGGCCUGGACUGAGAAGGACAUGUUCCGCAACAUCACCCGGCUGCACUUCAUCGCCCUGGACCCGGCCUUUGUGCUGAUCAUCCUGGGUGGAGUCACCUUCCUACUGGGAUUCAUGGGUAGUAUUGGUGCCUUGCGUGAAAACACUUGUCUUCUGGCGGCGUAUGCAAUCUUUCUGAGUUUCCUGCUUAUCGCUGAGAUCGGCUUUUGUGGGGUGGCCUUCGUGCUCAAGGAUAAGGGAUGGAUCAAGGAUCAGGCCACAGAGGGACUAAAGGCUUUCAUUAGGCAUUAUCGCGAGGAUGCAGACCAGCAGAAUCUCAUUGACUGGAUUCAGGAGGACUGGUUACAGUGCUGCGGUAUUGACGGACCCAAGGACUGGGACAGCAACAACUACUUCAAUUGCUCGUCUAUCGCUAUCGGCAGCAGAGAAGCGUGUGGCGUACCAUUCUCCUGCUGUCGUAGACGUCCUCAUGAGCUUAUCAAAAACAAGCAAUGCGGCUACGAUGUACGCAAGGAGGGAUACCCCGUGGAUAGGAAUAUACAUGAGAGGGGGUGUUUGCGCGCCGGCGAGGAUUGGCUAGAGGCACAUCUCAUUAGUGUGGCGAUUAGCUGCGUGGCUUUGCUAAUCUUGCAGGGCAUGGAGUUAUCCAAAAUAAUCUAUGAAAAAGGCUGUGUUCAAGCUGGUGAAGAAUGGAUGGAACACAAUUUGAUUAUUAUUUCCACCUCUAUUAUUGUUGUGAUGUUUUUUCAGAUCCUUGGCAUUUCCUUUGCUCAGAACCUACGCACUGACAUCUACACUCAAAAGUCAAAGUGGCACUGACAAAUGGCCCUUCCUGCCCCAACAGCAAUUUAGGAAGGACUUAAGACGACGAUGUAUCAGAGGAUUUUCGAGGUAAGAAAAUUCGAAAACCACAUAUGUACGGAACCAGAAUCUUCAACUACUCAUCUACGCUCCAAUUAGUUAACUAAACUGUAAAGUACUCCCUUUUAAGGCCAUUGGUCACUUUUAUCCAGGGACUGCUAUUAACAUAAAAAAGUUUGAAAAAUUGCAGGCUAAAUCGGUUAUCCAUAAAUGUUGAAGUCACAAAAUAGGGGUAACUCUUUUAUAUUCGGAAAUCCAUUUUAUUUUAUUACGUGCAGUUAGACAGAUUUUUUAUUUUAACUUUUAUAAUUUUUUGUUUUGUUUUAAAACUUGUAAAAGUAUUGACCCUGCUUUAAAGGAAAUCUCUACGAAACUAAAAUUUCUGAACAGAAAUUAAAAACGAAUAUUUUCAUGAGCUACAUUUGAGUGGUCAAUUUUAAUUCGUAGGGUUUUCGAUUGAAGUGAGUAGGGCUGAUAUAGCUAUGUAUCUAACUAAAGCAAACACAUUCCGUCUUCGUGGACAUUGACUAAUAUUAACUAGGUUGCCAAAUUUGUUGCUGUUUUUACGCGGCUUCCCUUUGCCUGAACAAAAAAAUGAGAAAAUAAGAGAAAAACAUUUAAAAUAGAUUUUCUAAACUUUUUACAAAGUUAAAGAGGCAUAGGAAAACCAAAAAAUGUAUCUUGAAAUGCUGCUGUGAUAUAUUUUUAAAGAAAUGUAUAGAGAAACCGAAAUUAUUGCAACAAUUUUCAAAAAAUCGAAUGAACAUAAUACGAAUCUCAUUCCUAAACUGAACAAAUACAACCUAGUACGACAUUGUCUUCAAAAUAAUAUGUUUAUGCAUAGUUAUUUUUAUAAGUGAAGAACAACCACCUCUUUGUGUGGGAGUACCAAAAUCACAGAACAAGAAAUGAAAAAAACAAAUCUUGCUAAUUAAUAUUAAUGAGCUUAAACUAAAUUAAUGCACAGAAAUUGUUAGAUUUACAGUAUAUAAAUAUGUAUAUUUUUGCAAUCCGCAAUGCGCAGUAACAAUUGAGUAAAACCUAAGCUACAGUUGGUUUAUUUGCCAAGAAGCGCACAUGAUACAAAAUGCUUUAUAAGACAGAUUUAAAUUCGCUCUUGUACCUUUUUGAAUUUAUAUUGCAAAAAAAUGUAAUAUGCUAAGACUGUACUAUUGCUUAACACAUUUCGCAAACAUUCCUUCCCAAUUAAUAUUCCUAAUUUUGGUUUAAAAAACCCACAACCCAAACUCCUGUCCGCAGGAGUCCUAGAUUAAAUGUAAAAUAGACUUUUUUCCAAAACAUAUAAAACACUGCCCUGAACAGAGUAUUAUUUUGUUCUUCAAAUAUCCGGAAGAAAAAUGAACUGUUGUGUAACUUUACUAAAGUAUUUACAUCUCUUAGUCAGAUUAAACUUUUAUAGCUAACAAUUUAUAUAAAUACACUAAAUAUUUUACAAAUCGACUUUCAAAACCCCUUAAUGGGGUUCUGGCUUUUUAAGAUCUUUCUGAACUCAGUCCUACACGUAUGUAUUCAAAGCUCAAAAACCUUGAAAAAUGUCCUUAUAUAAAAAAACAAGAAAACAAACAUUGAUAAUACUGAAACAUGAUAUUACUGAUACAAAUGGGACGAUGCUCCUCGGUUAGCCGAAAUAAAUAUGCCCUUGCAGUUAAAGUAAAUGUAUUGUUCAUUAGGCAAAAACUACGGAGUAUGUAUCGUCCGAUUCAUAAAUGAUUUAAAAAUUUUAGAUUUCUAGUUUGUCACAUUCAGACAGAUAAAGUCUUCGCCAAUUAAGAAUAUUUAUUUGUACAGUUUUUUCUGAAUUUAAAACAUCUCGCCAAAAUACUCUCUGCAAGGGUACACAAAAAGGGGUAGUAAAUCGAACAAAAUACGAAUAAAAUUGUAAGAAAUAUAAUUAAUAUGGUUAACAAAAUAUUACAAUGGUAACGAAAAAGUCAAUUGAAAAUAAGCUGAAAAUAAGAUCCGAAUCAGUCAAGCAAGCAUCAGCUAAUAUGUAUUAAGACAAACAUAUAUAAAUAUACAGAUAUGAUAAGAGUUAGAAAAUGUAUAAAAAAUCUUAACAAAGGUUGUUGAUACAAGUAUCAAUCAAAACUGCUUCAAAUAAAGAAAUAUCAAAUAACAA